GGUAUAUAUGAGCUUAAGCUCGCUGCUUCGACCAUGCUUUUUCCGAGGUGAUCUGCCCGUUGCGCAGAUUUCAAAAUGACGUCCUCAAUGGGAAAGCUGUUGUUUUCCCUUCCUGUCUUCCUGGUACUCUUGGCGUACGGUGCAACCGAAGCUCCAAGGCUGGUGUGCUAUUUUAGCAAUUGGGCUAUCUAUCGUCCGGACGUAGGCAGCUAUGGCAUCGACGACAUCCCCACUGAUAUGUGUACGCACAUUAUCUACUCCUUCAUCGGCGUAAGCAACGUUACUUGGGAAAAGCUUAUUCUCGACGAGGAACUCGAUGUUGAGAAAGACGGCUUCAACAAGUUCGUUGCUCUAAAGAAGAAGUAUCCGCAUAUAAAGACUCAAGUCGCCAUCGGCGGUUGGGCCGAAGGUGGCAGAAAAUAUAGCCAAAUGGUCAGCGUGAAAGCCAGGCGUGAUUCACUCAUCAGUAGUAUUGUUGAUUUUAUGAACCAGUACGGCUUCGAUGGCUUCGAUCUUGAUUGGGAAUAUCCGGCUGCUACCGAUAGAGGCGGCACUUUUAGCGAUAAGAACAACUUCUUCUACUUUGUCGAGGAGCUAAGGACGGCGUUCGACAAGGCAGGAAAAGGCUGGGAGAUUACUAUGGCAGUGCCGAUGGCCACGUUUCGUCUCAACGAAGGAUAUCACGUGCCAGAAUUAUGCGAACUUAUCGAUGCCAUCCACGUCAUGGCGUACGAUCUUCGUGGCAACUGGGGUGGAUUUGCCGACGUCCAUAGCCCGCUUUACAGGAGACCCCACGAUCAGUACGCCUACGAGAAAUUAAACGUGCACGAUGGUCUCCAACUCUGGGAAGACAAAGGAUGUCCUGCCAACAAGCUCGUCGUAGGAAUCCCGUUGUACGGACGUACUUUCACCCUCAGCCAAGGCAAUAACAAUAAAAAACCUGGAACUUACAUCAACAAAGAAGCCGGUGGCGGUGCGCCUGGCAAGUAUACCGCAGCUAAAGGAUUCUUGGCUUACUACGAAAUCUGUAUGGAACUCCAAAAACCGAACAACGGAUGGACGAAAGAGUAUGACGAUGUAGGCAAAGUACCUUAUAUGUACAAAGAUACUCAAUGGGUCGGUUACGAGGAUGCUGACAGUAUUGUAUACAAGAUGAACUUCCUCAAGGAGAAGAAGUAUCUUGGUGCCAUGGUCUGGGCUGUCGAUAUGGAUGAUUUCAGAGGACUUUGUGGUCCUGUGAAUCCCCUCAUGACCACAAUUUAUGAUGGCCUGAAGGGCUAUACAGUGACACCUAAGGAUUACAAGACAACGCCCAGGCCCGAAUGGGACAGGCCACCCAGUACUCCAGCAUCCACGGGUGAGGACAAACCGAAACCCGAACCCACCAAGAAACCCGAAUGGACUACCGAAACGCCUCGUCCUACGGUGCCUACUUUAAAGCCAGUCGAUGAUGACAAAGUCGUCUGCAAUGGUCAGAGUAUCAUCCCCAGCAAAGACUGCGCAACGUACUAUAUCUGCGACCACGACAAGCCGAUCAAGGCACGAUGUGGCGUCGGCUUGAUCUUCCAUACCUCCAAGCUCAUUUGCGACUGGCCGGCCAAUGCCAAUCGUGAGGAAUGCAGAAAUGUUUGAUCCACCGCGAUUUGGAAUCUGCCGAUUUCAAUCAUCCGGCAUUUCAUCGAUUCAUAAAUCUUGCGAGUUUAAAAAGCUUGUAGUAAUAAUCUCAUACAAACAUCGUUAUGUUAUUAUUUGUUGUUGUGUGCGAGAGCGCGUGCGUUGUGAAAUCAAAUGUAUCACUUUGCGAGCUAUGAUAAAUCAUACGCAGUUUAUCAAAGUCUGGAAACUUUCUUAAAUACAAUUUCCUGUUUAUAAUUCUUCUCUCAUAGUGCAAAAUUUAUUUAAUAAAAUAAAAAGUUGGAACUUAAAAAGAGAGAAAAGCUCGAAGAGUUCUAAUUAUUUUUGUUUUUAAUAAUUGAAUCAGUCUAGAGAUGAUAGCUCGAGAUCAUUAUUUGUUAGAAGAGUAUAUGAUGUUUCUAAAAAAACACUAUUUAUAUAAAAUUUUUUGUAUUUUUGGAAGAUUUCUAGACCGUAAUAUUCAUUAUAUAAUAUAUCAAGAGUAACACACACAUUUUUAUUUAUAUGUAUGACAAAAUGUAUAAAUGAAAAAUAAUGCGUAUAAAUGAAAAAUAAUUUAAGAAUUUCUUAACAAAUUAAUCGUCGGUUCGCAGAUUCGUUUGUUCAGAAUCGAAGAAUUGUCGAAUUUUUCGCGCGUCGCGAUACAGAGUCGUUUCUUCCUUUCCGCCGUUAUUGGCGGUAACGUGUGAAAAAAAUGUGCGUUGACGUUAACAAUGCGUGACGGUUGGCGCAAAAAAUACGCUCUCGAAUAUGAAGUCAAGAGUGGUAAAAAAGCAAACAGACUUCCCGCUCGUAAUCUGCCCCUGUCUACUAAAGCUCUCCAUUCGCGUGAUCCUCGCACGUGAAUGAAUACGUAAAUUUUUAGCGGAAAAAUCGUGUUUCGUGCUCGACACCCCAGAAUCCAAAGAUCCCGAGUCUUGAUUGACACCUGAAUGUUCUCGUAUGCAUAUAGAGCCACCCUCUGCCGCGUGAUCUUUCUCUCUCUUUCUCUCUUUCCUCUUUUUUCAUCCCCUAAAUUCUGUCCAUUCUCUCCUUCUUCCACAUUCUGUGUUAUGUCGCUUUUAUCCGGAAGCGGAACUUGGUAGCUGUUAUAAUUUAACGAGCACGUUUCUUUCUCCAGUUACCGCGGCAUUUGCAAGAAUGCACACUGGCAAAGCCCACGUUUCUUUUCCUCCUCUUCUCUUGUUCUGCAUAAGGCAGUUUCUUCUCAUUCCACGACAAUCAUCGCGUUUUUUCGAUCAAAUAAUGCGGCGAAAACGAAGACAAAAAAAAAAGUGAAAAAAGUCGAAUGUGCAAACGAAUCGAUGACGCGUUUCAUGUGUCAGAGGGUGAGUGACGCAACGGUUUCCGAAAAUUAAAAUAGCACCCUGUAGACUAUAAUUCGGACGACAGUCAUUGGUUCGGUUUUCGCGAUUCUCAACAGCCGUUUCCACGGAUUUUUCCCCAAAGAAAAAUUCACGAAAACAGUUUUGUUAUAUUCCCAUGUAGAAAUCAUAAAAAAUCCACCCAAGGUGAUCGACAAUAAUUGUAUUUAAAAAUAUUAUAUAUUAUAUAUUUUAAUGAAAACAGAGAGAAAGAAGAUAUUAGAUCGUGAAGAGAGCGAAGAAAUCAUGUUCAAAGAUAUAGCAAAUGGAUAUAUGGUGUUCGUAAAUGUUAGAAUUUUGCUUCUAAAUUAUUUAUGCUUUGGUAAUUUGGUCUUGAUGCUUAAAGCGCUAAAAUUAAUUAAACUGUCAUAUCAAAAGAGAGGCGCGCGUGCCGACACAAUAUCAUCCGAACGACGUAUAAAUAAUGUAUUGUUGUUCGCGCUUCUCGGGGCUGGUAACCCCGCGUCCGCUUUUUGCGACCUGAUGGGGUACGAGGGGGCAUCAGGGGGCGCCGAAAGAGGCCACAGAAUCCACUUUUAUAACUCCAUCGACAAUUUUUCGGUUACCCUCUUCACUAUUUUCGAUGGCAUGCGCACCCGGCGCCGUACACACACAUACAUAUUCUUUAUCGUUUGAUUUAUCUUCUCCGAAUAUGGAGGAGUGAUUUUCAGCGCUUUUCCAGUAAAUAAUUUCAUCUAUUGUAGUAACGAGUCUAUUUUACCACCGAGUAUAUCGAUUAUCGGUGAACUGCUUAAAUAUACGAUUGCUUUGCAGCUUGCGUAUAGA